CACAAGACCUCAGGAGUUCAGCUCCAUGUUCAGAUGCGUUUCUUUUCCAAACGUGUUUAAAAUCUCGUUUUUAGUUACCGACCUUCCAUAUUAACCUCCCUUUCAGUUUGAGGAAGUCUCACUUCAUACAACCCAGGAGCUGCUUCAUCUUUUUGCAGCAUUAUAGUCAUGGGGGUCUGACAGCGACGCUGCUAAGAGAACAACAUCAGGCUUCUGUUCCAGUCUCCAUCUGCAGAGCAAAAAGGUGGUGUAGCUGAUGCAUAUUCAUAGCUUAAAAGUGGAAGUGGUGGGAAGGCACCACAUUACACCGUUCUGCAACCACAUCCUGAGUCACCAUGCUGACAGUGACGCCUUUAACUUGCUGCCUGAUUAUUCUUCCACUCAGUCUUCAGACGUUAACACAUUAGUGUCUCCGGCACCGCUUCACUCUUCAAGUUGUAGAAUUUCACAUUAAAAAAGUCUGGCCUGCUGUGUUUUCCCCUGCCUGCCCGGCUUCUGACACCAGUGAGUCAUCUCCAUGGCUCCUCCACCUCCAGCCCUGUCGCUGCUGUGGGGUCUCACUUUAUUCUUUGGUGGAGCAGCUGCAUCUGUAUGCAAUGUCACCUGCACCACUGACUAUGUAAAGAUGCUAAACUGCUCCUGCCAAGGCUCUGUGCCAACACUUCCUGUUCGUCUCACUGUGGCUUGCAGCUCUGAGGACACACAUCUUACUGUGAGCUGUGAGACCGAACCGCCUCAGUCCUGGUGCAUAAUCAAAGCGGACCUCACCUACGUCGCAUCCACGGAAACGCUGUGCAACGCCACCGCCAGCCAGCCUGGCGGCCGAGGCCCGGUGGUUCUCAGUGAGUCACACCAAUGGGAGCUCUAUUCUGUGGUAAAACUUGAAGCUCCUCAUAAUGUCACAGUGAAAAAGGCUGCUGGAAUCUACAACAUCACCUGGAGAAACAAAAGUGAAUACACGUCCUGCGUCAUAAACAAAGUCCGCAUAAGAAAUACAAAAAAGCCAUCUGAGGAUUUAAUCUUUAAGCUUUUACCAAACCGGAUGUACUUUGAGCUGGAUCAGAAAAAGCUGCGGCCCGGUGCUUCCUACGUUGUGAACGUUCAGGCAAAAAUCUGUGACGAUGAGUUCAUUGUGGGUCCGUGGAGUGAAUGGAGCUCCGAUGCAGAGUGGAGCUCACUGGCUGACCCUCCAGAUGAAAAAGGAGUGAAUUUUUACUGGCUUUACAUCUCGACGCCCAUCAUCCUCAUCCUCGCCCUCCUGUUACUGGGAUACCUACAAAAACCGUCCUGGCAGAAAAAACUCAAAAUGAUGACGUUCAUCCCCAGACCCAACGACUAUUUCAAGCCGCUCUACCACAGCCACGGUGGGAACUUUAAGGAGUGGGUGAAGCCGGUGUUCAACGAGUAUGAUUACCUAAAGAUCACCACCUGCGUCAUGCUGAGCGAGAAGCAGAGCGAAAUCCUCAACUGGAGCAACGAGAAGCAGAGCUACAGCGAGGUCACCGAGGUGAAAGCUGCUGACGACUUCCUGCAAGUCCAGCAGCUUCCCAACAGCCUGCUACUGACGUUUCAGGACAGCAGCACCUCGCAGGGCACCAUCCACUCCACGGGACACAUCUCCAUCCACACCGUCACCCUGUCCGGAGAGGAGUUCGAGGCGGACGUGACGUCACAGAGCUCGCUGAAGAGCUUCCAGGACGCAGAAAGCUUUGGCUCGUUUGACGACGACAACAGGGAGUGCGUUGCUUACAAUUUGGGGGAAUCGCAUGCGUCCCGGAUGGAGCGGCACAGUGGGAUAUCACUACGGGAAAACCAGAUCGCCAAUGAUUUGAUACUGGAGAACCAAAACUUUCUGCCGGAUGGCGAGUUCAACGAGGCAGAGCGGGUGUCGCUCAACUCGUUCGCAUCAAAUGAACAGUCGGAGGACGGAUACCCUCAUGUGGACUUGGACACCAUCGACAGCGGAUUCGGAGAGUGCAGCAGCCCUGGAGCCUCAGACUCAAACUCUAACUCAUUUCCUGAGGAAAAACACUUCAAUUCAAACUAUGUCAAGCAAUGGAUGAUAUGUAGCACAAUUCAGGAAGACACCAGCACUGUGAACAAUGAACUCGAUGAGACGGUGACUGCAGCUUCUGACUCACAGCUACAAUAACUGCAAACAGAGGAAGAAUCAUAAUGCUGCAUGAACAAUAUGUGCAUCCUCACGUAUUUGUUAUUUUGAAUGAGCCAAGUAAACGUUUAUUUUUUAAAAAUCUCUCUACUAAAAAGAGUUUUACUGAUGUCUGUUUAUUGUUAAUUUAAUGGAACUGAGAUUCUUGUAUGAUUUGAAUGAGACACUUUUUUUAGCUUCACCUUUAUUUGUACAGUAAUAAGAUGUAGUUUGUCUCAAUAAAGAUCUGUUCUUAACUGUACAGAAUGCAAAUGUUUAAAUAUGUAUAUAUGUAAGUAAAUGUAUCAAUAUUAAAAAACCCUUUCAUAAGGCGAUUUUAUAA